AUGAUUCCUUUGAUAAUAAUUCCACCAUUUCUAGGAUCCAAUUUAUGGAUAUCAUAUAACAAAACAGAUCUUCCAUGGUAUUGUCCAAAGAAAAUGAAUGAUUCUCCACUUUGGUUAUAUCCGCCACUUGCAAUCCCUCCUUUUCACAAUUGCUUAUUAAAAUUACUUACACUAGAAGCAGAUGAGAAUGGUGAAGUAUAUCCAUAUACAAAUACUACAUUUAAUCAACACGAUUUUGGUGGUGUUGAAUCUAUCACUCAUACAUUAAUAUUCAUCAAUAAAUUCAUGCGUUUCUGGCCAGUGUAUGCACCAUUCGUCAAAUAUUUUGAAGAAAAAGGAUACAAAGUAAAGAAAGAUUUAUUUGCAGCGCCAUAUGACUCCAGAUUGGGUCCAAACAGAAUUCCAGAGUAUUACGGCAAACUAAAAGAUCUUAUUGUUGAAGCUUACAAUAAAAAUGGCCAGCAGAAAGUAGUUCUCUGCGGAUUUUCUCUGGGAGGCUCUGUUUUGCAAAAAUUACUCACAGAAAAGACAGACAAAGCUUUUCGUGACAAAUAUAUUUCUAAAGGAGUUCUUAUUGGCCCUGGAUUUGGUGGUUCUAUGCCAUUCUUUAGAGAUUUACUAACAAAAAGGACUUCUUACGUACCUUCUUUAGAUAACGAGAAUCUUAAGAAGUUAAUUGAGUCAUGGCCAACAUUCCAGGAGAUUAUGCCAAACCCAAUUCUCCAUGAAGAAGUUCCACUACUUUACAAUGAAGAGGGAAGUAAUUUCAAAGGAAAAGAUUUGAAAGAAUUUCUGAUAGCUCACAAAAUUUUUGAGGGGAAUUACUUGAAAUCGUUUUUGAAGACAUACGAAAGAGUUGGUGAUUACUUGAAGGAACCAGAUGUACCAAUUGACCUAAUUUACAAUAGUGGACGCCCAACAAUUGCUGCUUUAAACUUUACAAAUGGAUUUGACAAAAUGCCUGUUGAUAUCAUUGGAAAAGGCGAUGGAACAAUAGGAUCAUUUGGCCUAGAGAAGAUUUGUAGCCUAUGGAAGAAUGCAAAAUGCUACAAUGUCGAUUGUGAUGGACCAACGUGCAUCCAUGGAUCAUUGAUAAAGAAUGUUGAUGUUUUGGAUGCUGUUUAUAAUACUACAUAUGGAAGAGCUAUAUCGUUGAACACAAAAAGAGCUCACAAACUAACAGAUGAUUUGUAA